CAGGCAGCAGACUCCUCCUUAUCUCCAGUGUCAAACUUGACAUCAGGCUGUGGGGAGAGCAUGGUAACUUGUGUGCUGGAGUCACAUCAUCCUCAGUGCUGAGGACAGAUAAUAUGCGCCUUCCAGCACCCUGCACUGGCCAAGAAUGGAUUGUCAGCUCUGCUCCAUCCUCUGCCUCCUGUCCUGUGUCUCCCUCAUCUGCUCAGCACAACUGAUCGUGCAUCCUCCCAAUGAAGUUAAUCUGCUGGAUUCGAAAGCAAUUCAGGGGGAGCUGGGCUGGAUCUCCUAUCCGUCACACGGGUGGGAAGAAAUCAGUGGAGUCGAUGAACAUUACACUCCCAUAAGAACCUAUCAGGUCUGCAAUGUUAUGGACCACAAUCAAAACAACUGGCUAAGAACAAACUGGAUUCCCCGCAACGCAGCUCAAAAGAUUUACGUUGAGCUAAAGUUCACAUUACGAGACUGCAACAGCAUCCCACUUGUCCUGGGAACAUGUAAAGAAACAUUUAACCUUUAUUACCUGGAGUCAGAUGAGGAUCAUGGGGUCAAGUUUCGGGAGCAUCAGUUUACAAAGAUCGACACAAUUGCAGCUGACGAAAGCUUCACCCAGAUGGACCUUGGAGAUCGAAUUCUGAAACUGAACACUGAGGUUCGGGAAGUGGGGCCUAUCAGUAAGAAAGGAUUUUAUCUGGCAUUUCAGGAUGUUGGUGCCUGCGUUGCCUUAGUAUCUGUGCGGGUAUAUUUCAAAAAGUGUCCUUUCACUGUGAAGAAUUUAGCCAUGUUUCCAGACACUGUACCUAUGGACUCCCAUUCUCUGGUGGAGGUGAGAGGUUCUUGUGUCAACCAUUCCAAAGAAGAAGAUCCACCCAAAAUGUACUGCAGCACUGAAGGAGAAUGGCUGGUACCCAUCGGGAAGUGUCUUUGCAACCCUGGCUAUGAAGAGAGAGGUUUUACUUGUCAAGCUUGCCGACCAGGAUUUUACAAAGCAGUUACUGGGAAUCUUAAAUGUGGCAAAUGUCCUCCACACAGCUCAACUCAGGAAGAAGGCGCCACACAAUGUGUGUGCGAGAAGAACUAUUACAGAGCAGAUAAGGACCCUCCGUCUAUGGCUUGUACAAGACCUCCGUCUGCACCAAGAAACCUUAUUUCAAACAUCAAUGAAACAUCAGUCAUAUUGGACUGGAGCUGGCCACUGGACACUGGUGGACGAAAAGAUCUCACUUUCAAUGUCAUCUGCAAGAAAUGUGGUGGGAAUACAAAAUUUUGUGAAGCUUGCAAAGGAAGCAUGAGGUUUAUCCCCAAGCAAAUUGGUUUAACCAACACCACUGUGACCAUCAUGGAUUUACUUGCACACACUAACUACACUUUUGAAAUUGAAUCUGUGAAUGGGGUCUCUGACCAGAGUAUACCGGCGAGACACAUCGCUGCAGUCAGCAUCACCACCAACCAGGCAGCUCCAUCUCCUGUCACUGUAAUUAGAAAAGACCGGACAUCUAGAAACAGCAUUGCCCUUUCUUGGCAAGAGCCGGAACACCCAAAUGGGAUCAUCUUGGACUAUGAGGUCAAGUACUAUGAAAAGCAGGAACAGGAAACUAGCUACACCAUCCUGAGAGCCAAAGGUACCAAUGUGACUAUCAGUGGUCUUAAGCCGGACACUACAUACAUUUUCCAGAUUCGAGCCCGGACAGCUGCUGGCUACGGGUCGAAUAGCCGCAAGUUUGAGUUUGAGACAAGUCCUGAUUCUUUCUCCAUCUCCAGUGAGAAUAGUCAAGUAGUGAUGAUUGGCAUCUCAGCGGCGAUAGUCAUUAUCCUGCUCACCGUGGUUGUUUACGUUCUUAUUGGAAGGUUCUGUGGAUACAAUAAAUCAGUGCACAGUCCCGAUGAAAAAAGACUUCACUUUGGAAAUGGUCACUUAAAGUAUCCUGGACUCAGGACAUACGUAGAUCCUCACACCUAUGAAGAUCCUAGCCAAGCGGUGCAUGAAUUUGCGAAGGAGCUGGACUCUUCAUGUAUAGCCAUAGAUAAAGUUAUAGGAGCAGGAGAAUUUGGUGAAGUUUGCAGCGGUCGUCUGAAGCUUCCGUCUAAGAAGGAAAUCAGUGUGGCCAUUAAAACACUGAAAGUUGGUUACACGGAAAAACAAAGGAGGGAUUUCUUGAGUGAAGCCAGCAUUAUGGGGCAGUUUGAGCACCCCAACAUCAUAAGGCUGGAGGGAGUAGUUACAAAAAGCAAACCGGUUAUGAUUGUGACUGAGUACAUGGAGAAUGGCUCUCUGGAUAGCUUCCUCCGGAAACAUGAUGCUCAAUUUACAGUCAUCCAGCUGGUGGGUAUGUUACGUGGCAUCGCAUCUGGCAUGAAAUAUCUCUCGGACAUGGGUUAUGUCCACCGUGACUUGGCGGCGAGGAAUAUUCUCAUCAAUGUUAACCUGGUGUGCAAAGUUUCUGACUUUGGGUUGUCUCGUGUGCUAGAGGAUGAUCCUGAGGCAGCUUAUACAACAAGGGGU